AUUACGGUCUACGAGUACACUGCGGACAAAAACGAUGAGCUUACGUUUGGUGAAAAUGAGCUCAUUUAUGUCAUCAAGAAGAAUGACGACGGUUGGUGGGAGGGCGUGAUGAGCGGCAGCACUGGACUCUUCCCCGGCAACUACGUUGAGUCAAUUGAAUGA